AUAAAAUUGAAUAUGAAAUGUUUGUUAAGGUCAGUUACGUAAUUUUGAGUCGGUAAACGCCAUGGUUGUUGGGUCCUUUCUCUCACCUCCACGCACCUCCACGCACCUCCACCUUCUCUAUAACUGCAAUUUACAAACACAACACCCAGAAACCCACCGACAAAACCAGAACCUCCAUUGUUUGAGCACUCGGAGGAGCCACUUGGCUGUUCCUGGUUUUUUAAGGAACGUGGAUUUCUGGAUCUGAAUUUUGGGUCAAACGAGUGCGUUGACUUCAUUGACUUGGGAUUGGUAAAUGAUUUAUCUUUGAUUGGUCGGAUUUGAGAGAAGAAUGUCUUGGAAGAGCAGAGAAGGAGAAGCAUCGAAGAGUGCUUUUGUGUCUCGGAAAUGGACCCUUUUGUUUUGCAUUGGUUGCUUUUGUGCUGGGAUGCUCUUCUCUGAUAGAAUGUGGUCAGUGCCUGAAAUUGAAGACAUAUCGAGUACAACAAGGGUUGACGAUGAAACACCAAAGUUAGGUUCUGGAUGUGAUCCAACAAUCGAUGUAGAAAAUGAACCAAAGGAUGUUUACGGGGAAGUUUCAAAGACUCAUCGUGCUAUACACAUGCUGGAUAAAAAAAUUUCAAAUUUGGAGAUGGAAUUAGCUGCUGCAAGGGCUGCGCAGGAAUCUAUUCUAAGUGGUUCACCAGUUGCAGAAAAUUUAAAAAUUCCCAAGACAAGAAAGAAAAGAAAAUAUUUGAUGGUUGUGGGAAUAAAUACUGCUUUUAGCAGUCGAAAGCGCAGGGAUUCAGUUCGUGCUACUUGGAUGCCUCAAGCCGAUAAAAGAAAGAAGCUUGAGGAAGAAAAGGGCAUUGUAGUUCGGUUUGUAAUAGGUCACAGUGCUACAUCAGGUGGUAUCCUUGAUAGAGCUAUUGAAGCAGAGGAGAACAGGCACGGUGACAUUAUGCGGCUGGAUCAUGUUGAGGGCUAUCUUGAAUUGUCAGCGAAGACAAAAAUAUUUUUUGCCACUGCUGUUGCUUCAUGGGAUGCAGAUUUCUAUGUUAAAGUUGACGAUGAUGUACAUGUAAAUAUAGGAACACUUGGAGCAACUUUAGCUAGGCAUCGACCAAAGCCGAGGGUGUAUAUUGGAUGCAUGAAAUCUGGUCCCGUCCUUGCUCAAAAGGGAGUAAGGUAUCAUGAGCCUGAGUAUUGGAAAUUUGGUGAGGAAGGGAACAAGUAUUUCCGUCAUGCCACAGGCCAGCUUUAUGCCAUCUCAAAAGAUUUGGCUACUUACAUAUCAAUCAACCAGCAUGUGCUACACAAGUAUGUGAAUGAGGAUGUUUCCUUGGGAUCGUGGUUCAUUGGAUUGGACGUGGAGCAGGUUGAUGACCGGAGAUUAUGUUGUGGAACACCACCUGAUUGUGAGUGGAAGGCUCAGGCAGGCAACAUCUGCGUUGCUUCAUUCGAUUGGAGUUGCAGUGGGAUUUGCAAGUCUUCGGAGAGGAUCAAGGAGGUCCACAGGCGCUGUGGAGAAGGUGAGAAUGCUUUGUGGAAUGCAGCUUUCUAAUUGACAAAAAGUUCUUCCAAACUCGGGAGGAAAAUGUAAAUGGCAUGAGCUUGUAUCAUAAAAAUCCACACAGAAAUUUUUUGCAACACGACGGUAGUAGCUGUCCUAUUCCCUGGAUUCUGCUCCAUUUUAGACGAGGAGUGAGAUACCCAAUAUCGAAACUUGAAAGAGGUGAUAGAUUGUCGUUAAAAUCAUUCUUUGAUUGCUUCCGGGAACAUUUGUAUUGUAAGUCUUCCAAUGUUAAUGAAGUUCCAGAAUAAGUGCCUGUUAGAAUUUUUUUCUAUUUUUUUUUUCAUGUUGUAGAAGAAAUGUUUAUGAUCUCUUUCCUUUGUGAUGAAGCUUCAAUGUGGCAUCUCUGACCACUGACUAGUUGACUCA